AAGGGAAAAAACCCUCUUCAAUGUGAAAUACCCCCUGACGACCUAAAACUCCAUCCGGCGCAUCCGCCGUCACCCACCGGCCACCGCGCCACCGCCUCCACCUCCAGCCUCGCCGCCGCUCUUCCCAUCCCCCACGGCCGUUAUUCCCACCCCCCGCAGCCGUCAUUCCUAUCCCCCACAACCACUCGCAGUAGCCGCUCUCAUCCCCGCCAUACUCCUCCGUCUCCUACAACUCCACGCGACGCCGCAGCUUGCCUGAGCGACUGGGCACCCGCGACAUUGACGCCUCCAUCCUGCCGUCUGACGCAGCGAAGAUCGCACCUUCAUGAUUACCCCCCUAGCACCGAACUGAAGCUUCAUCCACGGCUAGCGUCCAUUCCCCUACGAAUCUGAUAAGGUGUCCUAUUGUUUUGCAGGUCAGAAAGCAAGAGAUCCCUCUCUUUUUUCCUCUCCACAAUACUGUGGCGGCGCUGGGUUCUGGCUACACCUCCAUCUCGAACUCUGGCAGUGGCCAUCAGAGAAAAAACGGUGCAGGUGACACCCUCCUAACUCCCUUCCACUGUCCCACUCCGAGGCCAGCUCAUAUCAGAUCUGCCUUAGACCGGCUCCUCCCUGACGACAAGAAUGGCUAGCGGCCCUUCUGUAACAGACCACCGUCUCUAUCGACUGUCUCUCUUGAUCCACCCCCUCUCUUCACGGUCUGUAACAACUCACCCCUGCCCCCUCAGCCACCCACCACUGCACUUUCAAGGUUUAUACUAGUCUGAUCGUCCACUGGUCUACUUCUGUUAAGCAAUGGUUUACUGUACUCACUGUGCUGAUUAUUGCCCAUACAUAAAGGAUCCUGACAAAGGAUAUAUAUGCUGUGGGACGUGUGGGAAGGUUCUUGAUCAGGACAUUUACAGCGAUGAGCCUACUUUUAUCAGCUAUGGCCCAGGGCAGAGCCGGGUGGAGGGAACCCCUCUGCGAAGCAUCGAGAUUGGCACUUCGCUAUCCCAUGAAAGAACUUUAAUGAAAGGGAGAGACGAGAUUUGGCAGAUUGUCACUAGCUUACAUGUUGGUGGUGGAGAUACUAUCAUUGACAUGGCUCACAAAAUUUAUACACUAGCUGUUGACCAUAAUUUUACAAGGGGCCGUCGAACAACUCAAGUUGCAGCUGCUUGUCUUUACAUUGCCUCCGGUGUCAAGAAUUCCCCAUUUCUCUCUUUCCGUUUGUGGUUCAUGAAAUCUGCACCCUUGACUCUAUGUAUUGAUAUUCAUUUCUUCCUGAUCGAAGAUUUUUUGGCAAAGGCUGAUGAAGAGCAGCCUUCACACAAGUCUGGAGAAGUUCUCUGCAAGCACAAGGAUAAAGAUGCUGAGCAUCUUGCUCAUGGACUUUGUGAAAAAUGCUACAACAAAUUUAUUAAAAUGUCGGGUGGACUAGAGGGCGGAGCUGAUCCUCCAGCUUUCCAGCAAGCCGAAAAACAAAGACUCGAAGCUGCAAAAAAAGCAGAGGAAGCUGCUGCAAUAAAGGAGGCAGCAUUAGGAGAGUCAAAUUGUGAGAUACAGAAUUCUGAUGUUGAAGAUAACAUGAUUUGCCCUAUGAAGGAACAAGCUGCAAAGGAAGCUUUGGCAGCUGAAUUAGCAGCUAGGGGUGUGCGCGUGGGAGGGGGACAACCGAAAAAACGAAGACGUAAUGAAGACACUAAGAACUUGUCACCUGCUGAAACACCAGCUGAAGCAACAUACAAUAUGUUGAAACAAAAGGGACUUGGGUCAAAAAUCAACAUUGAAGCGGUUGGCGGAUUGUACGAUACUAAGGAUGAAGAUGGAGAGGCAGAUGAAAAAGGAGACAUGGGCUUUGACGGGGAAUAUACACAGGACAUUGGUGAUGGUGAAACAUUUGAAGGGGGCUAUGACUAUGCAGAUUACAACAACAAUGGUUACGGUGGUGCUGGAGACUACACUGAUCAUGACGAUUUCUAAUAGCAAAAUUCUGAGUGGCAAGCUCAAGAAAGAACAUCUAUUUAGAGUUUCAGUUGACUCGAAAAUCCUAUUUUAUCCUAAAGCUGGAAGAAACCAUUGCAAUAUUCUUCACUUGUAAGAGAUAUUCCGGUAUUUGAACUUUUAGAGCAAAUGAGGUUUUGUUGAGAUAUACAGAACGCAUGGUCAAGUCUGCCAGUGUAAUGAUUAAAAAAAGUCUUGUCAUUGUAUCGGUGUAACCUUCUUAUCUUCCGAUCUUCUAGUCAGGCCUCAUAACGGGUUGUAAUUUGCAAUUGUUAUGCCGAAUGAAAUAAGCAGAACUGUCAAUGUGUUAAUGUAAUAGGUUACAUACUCAGUAGUAUGUUUAUUUCUUGAUGCAUUGACGUUA